GGAAAUCCAGAGUUCAAGGUUGGGAAGAACUCGCUCAGCCUUUCCGUGCCAGCGCGCUGAGGUUAACCUCGGAGGCUCCACGGUGCGGGCACGAAAGGGUGUUGAGCGGUAUACAUAGCUCUCCAUACACAUUGAGAGCUCAGCGAGAAAAGGAGGGGGCGAGGAAAGGCAGGUUCCGCCUCCCCCUGGCCCGCGUGCACACACGCGCCCACCGCGGCUCGGGCUGGCUGAGCGCGGGCGAGUGUGAGCGCGGGCGAGUGUGAGCGCGAGUGUGCGCACGCCGCGGAGAGCCUCUGCCCUCGCCUCGCACCCUGCUCAGGGCAUCUUGAGAGCCUGGAAACGUGAACAGGCUUAAAGUAUGGCAUGUUGCAAAGAUGGUUUCUGCCAAGAAGGUACCCGCGAUCGCCACGUCCUCCCGGGUCAGUUUCGCCCUCCUGCACUUCCUUUGCCUGGCGGCUUGUUUAAACGAAUCCCCAGGACAAAACCAAAAGGAGGAGAAAUUAUGCCCGGAAAAUUUUACCCGCAUCCUGGACAGCUUACUCGAUGGUUAUGACAACAGGCUGCGUCCUGGAUUUGGGGGUCCUGUUACAGAAGUAAAAACUGACAUAUAUGUCACCAGUUUUGGACCUGUUUCUGAUGUGGAAAUGGAAUACACAAUGGAUGUGUUCUUCAGACAGACAUGGAUUGACAAAAGACUAAAAUAUGAUGGCCCCAUUGAAAUUUUGAGAUUGAACAAUAUGAUGGUAACAAAAGUAUGGACACCUGAUACUUUCUUCAGGAAUGGAAAGAAAUCUGUUUCACAUAAUAUGACAGCUCCAAACAAGCUUUUUAGAAUUAUGAGAAAUGGCACUAUUUUAUACACAAUGAGACUCACCAUAAGUGCGGAGUGUCCCAUGAGAUUGGUGGAUUUCCCCAUGGAUGGUCAUGCAUGCCCUUUGAAAUUUGGAAGUUAUGCAUAUCCGAAGAGUGAGAUGAUUUAUACAUGGACAAAAGGUCCUGAGAAAUCAGUGGAAGUUCCAAAGGAGUCUUCCAGCUUAGUCCAAUAUGACUUGAUUGGGCAAACUGUGUCAAGUGAAACUAUCAAGUCCAUUACGGGUGAAUAUAUUGUUAUGACAGUUUACUUCCACCUCAGACGGAAGAUGGGUUACUUUAUGAUUCAGACAUAUAUUCCGUGUAUUAUGACAGUCAUUCUUUCUCAAGUUUCAUUCUGGAUAAACAAGGAAUCAGUUCCAGCUAGGACUGUGUUUGGAAUAACCACAGUCCUCACCAUGACCACACUGAGCAUCAGUGCCCGGCAUUCUUUGCCCAAAGUGUCCUAUGCUACUGCCAUGGAUUGGUUUAUAGCUGUCUGCUUUGCUUUCGUAUUUUCCGCACUUAUUGAGUUUGCUGCUGUCAAUUAUUUUACCAAUAUUCAAAUGGAAAAAGCCAAAAGGAAGUCAUCAAAAGCCCCCCAGGAGAUCCCGGCUGCUCCAGUGCUGAGAGAAAAGCAUCCUGAAACACCUCUACAGAACACAAAUGCCAAUCUGAAUAUGAGAAAAAGAACAAAUGCCUUGGUUCACUCUGAAUCUGAUGUCGGCAACAGAACUGAGGUGGGAAACCAUUCGAGCAGAUCCUCCACAGUUAUUCCAGGAUCUUCUGAAGGCACAUCGCAGUCUUACUUAGCUUCCAGUCCAAACCCAUUCAGCCAUGCGAAUGCAGCCGAAACAAUAUCUGCUGCAAGAGCACCUCUCUCUGCUCCUCCCUCUACUCCUGGGAGAACUGGGGACGUGCCCCAACAGGCUUCUGCUGGACCUGCUUCUACCCAGCGUGUGUUUGGAUCAAGACUGGAGCGAAUUAAGACCACUGUUAAUACCACAGGGGCUUCUGGGAAGUUGUCAGCAACUACUCCUCCUUCUGCCCCGCCGCCGUCUGGGUCUGGCACAAGCAAAAUAGACAAAUAUGCCCGUAUUCUCUUUCCAGUAACAUUCGGGGCAUUUAACAUGGUCUAUUGGGUUGUUUAUUUAUCUAAGGACACUAUGGAGAAAUCAGAAAGUCUAAUGUAAUUUUGUUGCUAGAAUAGUUUCCUAAAAGAUGAUGACCUUAAUACAGAAUGCCUUUUUACAUGUUUUUAAAGAUAAACCAUUAUUCUUUAUUAAAAUAAAAAGCCUAUGUAAUUUUUACAUUCAAAAACAAUCCAAGCCAGUUAUUGGGAAAGUUAAUCCAUCUCUCAGUGAAGAGAGAGUGAGCCAUCUUUCAUUUCAGAAAAAUGAUUUGAAUAGAAUCAAUUCAGCAUUCAAAUUAGAUGAAAUACAGACCAUCCUGGAAAGUUGGGACAAGAGAAAUAGGGCUAUUAGAGAUACAUGGUUCAUAUUUAUGCAUUGGAAUUUGAAAAUAGACUAUGACAUUUUUAAAUAUACACUAUGAAUAUCAACCAACAACCCUAAAUUUCCCAGUGGCGCUGCCCUUAAUCAGAAUUGUUUAUUGGAUAUCCUAUGCGGUGACCUUUGGAGAUUCUUCUAGUAUCAGCAAGAAAAGGACUUUCUCUGUUACAUGAAACAUUUUUUAAAAGGAAAAUGGAACAAAACAAAUACUGACUAAUAGAGUGAAACCUCUGCUGCGUCAAAAAACAAAAACAAAGGCCAGCGAAGACAUGUUCCCUGUCUUAUGUUGGUCAAACAGGACUUAAAACACUUGACUUGAAAAAUCUGUGCUUUGAGCCAAAGUUUAACUCCUUGUAUGAAUUCUUUUUGACAGUAGUUCAUUCAGUUAUGUAUUAUUUCAACAUAUAGUUAUUCAGAGCCUACUGUGUUCCAUGCACUAUGCUAGACACUGUCUCUCUAGGAAAGCUCUUUCACCUUAACCUAUGAUAUUACUUGAAUAGUAGAACAGUCAAUGCAUGCUAACGAACCAUAAACUAGCAGAGAACAUUGCAUUCUUUAAUGGAAGAAAUUUAUUUAGAGUCUGACAACAUAUUGAAAACAUCUGUUUCUCCUAUACCGAUAGAGGGUAACACGUUAGCACAACCUUAGCAAUUGACUUCAAAAUAUAUGAAAAUGUGUACAGAUGGUUCUCUAAGUAAGAAGCACUGCCUACCAGAGAAUAAAAAUCUGGGCACUGUAAGAUCCUAUAAAUUAUCUGUCUCAAAUUUGAUCAGAAUAGUAGGAUAGAAUUUGAUCAGAAUCAUCACAAUUAGGAACUCAAUACAAGGCCUUUUAGAUGCUUUUCCAAACAUAGAUCUAUUUUGGCUGGUGAAAUACUAAUCUUCUGGGAAGUUUUUGUGUCCAUAGUUUUGUAUUUCUGGGAAGUUUAGUGUUUUGGGGGGGCAGGUUUUGUACAGUAUCACAACUAGGGUGAGUAUUUUAAAAUUAAAAGAGUAGCCGAGGAAUGGAGUAAAGAAGAAAACUCAUAGCCAAGGGGUAGGAUUCUGCUGACUCUGUUAAUGCAAUUUAUCAGGAUUUUCAUGUACUGACUUUUCUUUUUCAUUAGGUAGGCUUAACAACUUAAUUAAAUUCUUGCAGCUGUCUUAUGACACUAAAUCUAGGUCUAGUUUUUUGUUUUGUUGCUUCCAGAUUUUUCUUCUAUUCUUCUUUUUUUCCUGAUCUAGGUUGUGUGAAUGAAUGUAUUCUGGAUGUUUGGGGGAACAUUUUGAUAAAAAUGGCCACUUUCCAAGCAAAAUCUCUUAUUUUUAGAAAAGAAAUAUUAAUUAAUUGACAUUAGUCUUUCAGUUAUUACAUUGCCUUGGAAUGGUUGUAUAUGAGAACUGUAAAAUGUGCAAAUGCCAAAUAUUGUGAGUCAUAUCUGAGGAUACCUUUUUUUGCUAUCACUCUAGGUAUAUCCUAGAAUCACUAACAAUUUUAAGGCUGAAAGAUGCUUUAGAAUUCAUCCAAUCCAAGCCCUCAUUUAUAAAUUGAUACCAGUAAUAUGAGGCCAAAUAAAAUUUGUACAUAUGUAAAUAUUUAAUGAAGAGUACUUGUAUAAAAAAGCUUAUCACAAAUUAUUUUAUGAAUGUAAGUAAAUUUCUAGCCUUGAGGACAAUUCUUGAAAUUGUGGUUGGAAGCUAUGAUUGUUUAUUAUUCCAAUGAAAAGACCUUAUUUCUUUAGUGAAGAAUAUACUCCUUACUUAUUCAUUGGCCUAUUCUUAAGAAAUAUCUUAUUGGCUUCCUUUUUAAAAAAGAAAUUCUUCUAUAAAUUUUACAGAUUUUAAAGGGAUAAAAAUCAAUGAUAUUAGAUUUGUAGACAAGGGAUCCAGGUGAGCCUAUGGUUUUUUUUCUUUGUUUGUGAAGAAGAUCUUAAGGCAAGUCAGGUGGCCCAACAAAGAGAAAGGGCAAAAUUAACCAAGGAUUACUUUUUUUAAAAAAUUUUUUAAUGUUUACUUAUUUUUGAGAGACAGAGAAGGAGCAGGGGAGGGGAAGAGAAAGAAGAAGACACAGAAUCCAAAGCAGGGUCCAGGUUCCAAGCUGUCAGCACAGAGCCCAAGCUGUCAGAUCAUGACCCGAGCUGAAGUUGGACGCUUCACCGACUGAGCCACCCAGGCACCCUAACCAAGGAUUCUUAAUUGUUAACUUGAAGAAUAAAUUGAUCAGAAAGGAAGUCUAAUGAUUAGUACAAAAAGGGAUUAUUUCAUUUGUACACAAUGUUCAUAACAAUAACAAUAAUAAUAAUGCAUAUUUUAUUUUCCCUAACUGCAUUCCAUCAAAUUAAGUCAUAGCUAAAUAUUUUAUUUUGGUCAUCAUUCCUAUCUCUCUAAUAACUCAUAGCUACAUUAAACAAAACACUUUUAUGAAGGACGAGUCACUUUUCACCAUGAGCAAAUCUUGCAAGAGUCAUUAGGAGAGCUCAGAGUCUUGGUAAUUUGUGAAGAAUUCUGGCUCAGAAUGGUGACUUUGUAUGGCUUUAUCUUUUAAAGAUGAAAUUCAGAAUUUUCUUAUUCAGAACCAGUAUCUAUUUUCUAGCUUUCAACUCCAAGUUGGUUACUAACUCCUACAUAAUUACUUUCAAUUUACUCCAGGCAUGACUAGGUAUAAUAAUAUAUUUAUAUGAUUAAUCUGCAGCUAAAAAUGACUUGCCCUUGUUAAUAUACAGAGUAUUUGAACAGUGUAUAUUUUAAAUCGGACCCCACAAACCUUGAAUUAGAGUAGGCAGAAAGUAGAGUCACUCUCUUACCGAUGGAAAUGAAUCAUAGAGAAGCCAGUGACAAAGACUACAGCAAGGAACUGGAAUUAACUUUGAAAGGUCAUUUUUCAACCACAUCACCUUAGCAGUGACCAUGGUUCAAGCAGUAAGUAUGAUAUUUGCUUGUGACUUACUUUACCCAUGAACUGGUCAAUUCUGCCUGACCUAGAAAAAAAUCCCCACUCCCCACUCUCCCAUUUUCCAAUGGUCCCCUCUUCUAGAUUUGUGAAAAAAACCUCCAGUGAAAAAACACCGGGUGGAGAAAUGGAUGACCUAAUUUCAAGUUCUGACUCUAUUGUGGUUUUAAACGAGUCACUUAACAUUGCUAGGCUUGAUUCCUUAUGUAUAAGAGAAUGGGAGGAUUAAAUAAUAUCUAAGCUUUCUUCUAAUUUUAAUAUUUUCUGCUUCUCAUAGUACACUAAAUACAGGCAUAUUCUUAGAAUGGAUUACACUCAAUAUAUUAGAAUAGGUACACUCAAUACUUUGUGCCACAAACAGAUGUUUAUGGGGGAAAAGAAGCUGAUUUGGUUUCACUGCUUAAUUACUCCAAGUUCAUGACUUGAAUUAAACUACAGUUCCCUGACCUUAAAAAAAGAACAAAAACAAAACAAACCAACAAACAAACCCCUCUCCAUUUAGAUUAGAUAUUUUCUUCUCUGUGGAAGAUUUUACUCUUAAAAACUAAAAAAAAAUUGGUCAUUUCUCUUUUCUGGGUUGUUAUUAAUCUUUGCUAAAUGGGUUCCUGCUCCAUUUUAGGGGCUGUGCUGAUUUUUAGAUAUACAUAGAGAAAUGAAACUGGUUCCUUUCCUUUUAUGUGGUCCCAGUCUGGUAGUGAUAAUAGAUGUGUAGAUGAGUAGCUAUGGAUUGUAGUAAGUGCUUCAGUAGUAUAGAGGAGGGCUAAAACUAGGGUGAUAUGCGUGAGCCCUCACCUGAAACAAAAAAUAUAUAGAAAUCAGUAAUCAGGACAAAUGAUGUUUUGAAAGAGUAUUUAAAAAAAUCAAACUUGAUGCAAAAACCUAUGAUUAACAAAAUACCCAAAUUUUAAGUAAAUAUAGGAUCAGUAUUAAUAUUUUUUUCUUUUGCAUCAGGCUUUACUAUUGUGCAGCAUGGUGCUGAUACAGAGGGUGGAAAAGGAUGCACAUAAUUUUUUAACUUGGUUUAUAGUGUGGAAAAAAGAGUGAUGGCAGGGAAGGCUUCACAGAGAUGAUAUUGAACUGAAUUGUGUGGAGAAAUUUGGAGUUCCAGCCCCUUUGCCUACUUCUACAAACAAACAAACAAAGAAACAAACAAACAAACAAACAGCACAUUUUUCCCACCACCUGAAACAUGAGGAACUCUUACCACAAGUGGUUCCAGGUAGUAGGAAGAAAGUGAGUUAAGGGAAGUGAAAGAUGUUCAUGUAGGAAAGACCUGUUGGGACUGGAUUAGAGAGUUUUGUGUAAAUUAAACAGAUCGGGUUUGAUCCUGGAUUAGUGGCAAUUUAUUGAAAAUCUUGCAGUAUAAUAAGAUGAAAAUGAAUAUGCCAGGCUUCUAUUUUAGAGAAAUCACUUGAUUGCUGUACGAGCUGUGGAAAGAAGGGCCAUGAAUCUGGCAAUAGUACAAGAAUUGAGAAGUCUCAUUUUUCUUUUCUCUCUCAGUUCAUCUUUGCAUUUCAUUUCUUUUUUUAAAUCCCAAUGACUUCAUUGUCAUUUGUGGAAAUGAUACAUAAUUGUUAAAAGUGCAGGCAGGCAUUGCAGAAAUGUACAGUCUCAACAUUUCCACCACCAAGAAAGUGUUAAUAUUUCAUGAAUAUCAUGCCAGCUACUUCUGUAGAGAUACGUGUUUGUAUAGAAGAAUAGAGUGAUCAAAAGACAGAAUUUCAUAAAUUUAGGAGUCAAAUAUUUCACAUGUGAAAGUUGUUAAAUAAUUUAAAAACCAUUCGAUUUAUGUUAUCUAAAUAUAAGAUGGAAAAAACUAGGGUAAAACUGGAGAGGUUGUUGAAACUUAGUGUUGAAUCAAGCAACGCAUGUCUUUUUAUUCCACAUUUCAGUCUUUAUUUCAGGAAAGUUUUUUUCCUAUAGUGUGUCUAAGUAAUUUUUCUUUCCAAAUGCUAAUUGUGUUAAAUCUCUUUUGCCUGUGUAACUAUUUAUAAUAUAUUCUUUAUAAUCAAUUUUGAAUUUUUAAAUUUGUUGUCAACUUUUGUCAACCCUAACCCAAGUGAGUAUUCAGUUGUGUUUAUUCUAUUUUGUGACCUCUUAUGUAAUUUUUAACUUCAUAAUGGUUUCAUUUUUUCCAUUGCUUUCUUGGUCUAUGCCAUUUCAUUUUUUCAUUUCUUUCUACUACUUUUACAAAAUCUAUUAAAAUGUAUCUUUUCUUUGAGCUUUUCACUCUAAUAUUAAUGAGAUCAUGCCUAUAAUUUAUUUGAGACUAUAAAUAAGUACUUAUAUAAACUUUUCCUCUGUUUCCUGAAAAAAAAAAUGUCCUCUGGUAUGAAAUUCCUUUGCUUUUUCAUUGCGUUUUUGCUUCCUUUGCCUAUGUUUCAGGCUGAUUUCUUUCUAUUAAUCACUGAAUGAAGCCAGCUAUUUACUGAACUCUAUGUGGGCAGUGGUGGGAGAAUGAAUCAGAGCAGCCCACAGUAGCUAUUUAAGUUUCAGGUUUCAAGCCCACCUCCCCAAAUCUGUUUUAGUUUCUGCCCAGGGACCAUGUUUUUCUCUAUUUUUGACAUUUGGUGCUCCACGUGGCUCACAAUGUAAAACUCCCUCAGUUUUACUUUCUCUGUGUUGUUAGCCCUCUAGUGAUUGUCUCCUCUCCCUCCCAUCUCACACCUAAAUGCUAGUCGUCUGGAUUAUCCAGCAGGCUGUUUCACAACUAUCAAAUGUAGUCUGUCAGCAUUUUUUUCCUUAUCCCCAUAUUCCACCAUUUGGAGAUAUAUAAUUGGAAUUCUCUGAAGACAGAUUUUGUUUUUCUCUUGCCUGUCCACUUUCCAUCUCACGGAGGCUUCAAACAGUCUUUGAAGAAUGUCUCAGAACUAUGACGCUUUGUGUAAUCUACAUUCUAUCCAAGAUAUGUGCCAGUGAAUGUCUUUUCUCCUGUUAGUGCAAAAUAUGUCCCUGCUUGAAAGCUAUUUGUCAUAAUUUGUUGCCAAUUACUUAUAAUUACGCAUGUGGUUUCAUUUUCUUUUUUUUCAUUUUUUUUAUUAUUUAUGUUAUUUUUGGAAGUAUUUCAUUGGAGAGCAGUAAAUUAUAAAUGCUUUUAUUUCACCAUCUUAAACUGAAUCAUCAUCUAUCAUUUAUAUUUCCAUUAGGCCAGGGUUGACCAGAGUGUCUUUUACUGAUAUUUUUUGGCUGACAACCAGAGCUAUGUGGUUUUCCCCUUUUGUAUAUAUAUAUCAGGUGUCACUGGAAUCAGAUAAGAAACCUGGAUUAAAUCUGUGAUAACACAGUCAAUAGAAAACACUUCCCUUUAAGGGAAGGAAAGGAAAUUAUAAUAGUAAGAAAUAAAUAUUAUUGCAGUUAACCUUUGACUGACAUAUUCUCUUUUACUCUGUUGUAUUUGUGAGCAGUAUGCGGUAUUCCAUCCAUGCGGAUGUGUGCUGAUAAAGUGGAACAUGUACGUUUUCAUUUUACUGAUUAUGUUUACCGUUUUCUAGUUCAAAUAUACAAUCAAUCAGAACUUUCAUAUUUCCAGAUAUGUAAAAUUAUUGUUGGUUGAUGAGAUAGAGUUUUAUAACUUUCAGGGAGUUUUAUUGGAAAAUGAAUCCAAAAUCUAGUCUUCAGGUAAAGUCAUACUUGAUGCUAUAAGACAUUGAAUGGACAUAGUAAACAGGAGGUUAAAUUGUCCGGUUGUUUAUUCUUUAAUGAUGAAAGAUCCUUAACAAUGUUAUGUUAAAAAUGUUGAGAACUGAAGAAGAAAAAAAUACUCUGGUUUUUCAAUUGUAGUGUUGCACAAACAGGAAAAAAAAUCUUAUCUGCUUGCUCUUUGAAUAAUUUUAAAUUGUGUAGUUGCACAAUUAAAAGUAUUCCUCAUUGUGGGAGUAUAGAAAAAUAAUAAUGCAUAUUUUAUCAUAUCAUGAAAACUAAAUUUGUUAUCCUUUGAGCUUCAUUAUUCUUGCUCAAUCAGAAUAGCAAAUAAUAAAGUGCGAUAGUUUAAACAGUUUAAAAUUUGUCAAGAGGUACAGGUGUUUUGAUUACAUGGGAAGACAGUUUUCUUACAAAGUACACACUUUUUGAGCUUAUAGAAAUCACAUUUGACCCGUGAAAUUCAUGAUUUUAUUUUAUGUAAGAGUAUUACAUAGUCAUUAUGAUUUUAUUUUUGCAAAUUUGUUUUUUUAUCAUUUUAUUUAUUUUUUUCAUCAUGAUAUGUAUACUCUUUAAUCCCCAGGUUUUUCACAUUUGUUUUAAAAAGAGGGAAAUAUUGGCUUUGUAUUUUAAAAUAAUUCAUUAGGAAAUUUUUUUUUUUAAUGUUUAUUUUUGAGAAAGAGAGAGCCAGAGCAUGAGCAGGGAAGGGGCAGAGAGAGAGGGAGACACAGAAUCCAAACCAGGCUCCAGGCUCUGAGCUGUCAACACAGAGCCCAACACAGGCUUGAACUCACAAACUGUGAGAUCAUGACCUGAGCUGAAGUUGGAGGCCCAACUGGCUGAGCCACCCAGAUGCCCCGGAAAUGAUUUUUAAUGACCUUAAAGCAAACUUCUCUUGCUUCUCAAAGCUAAACUUAACUAUUCAUGGUAAUAAACCUCCUUUGCUUGUUAAAACAAAAUUGAUAUGUGAGCGUAAUAUUCUGGAAUAAUUCAGGUUUUGAUUUUCCACUAGAGGAUGAGUAUUUAAAAGAAUAAGCAUUUAAAUUUCUAUAAAAUUUGAUCAUAGAUACUUAUAUUUUAAGAUAAAUAUGUUGGAGCUAAACUCUGGGAUCAUUAAAAUGCAAACAUUGUAUCUAAUGCAUUUUUUUCUAUUUAAAUUUAAAACAAUAAACAUGAAUAUCUUUGAAAUUGUUUUUUGCUUUAAGAACUUUUUUCUGUACAUAAAUAUACUUUUUUUAAAUUGGCCACAGUAUUGUUUUGGACAUGAUAUUUCACUUUUGAAGUCUUCCCUCAUUCGUGAAUAUUCCUAGUUUUCACUUACCUCUAAUUCCCUGCGUGACCGAUACUGUUGUCUCGAUUGUAGUUUUGCCAAGUUUUCAUGGUCAGGAAAAUUACUCGUGGGUGAUAUGGACCUGAAGAAAAGUUACAGGGCCCAUGAUAUCUGAUGUGGUGUAAUAAAAACCUCACGUAUGUGGUUUUGAUUGAUUUUAAUCAAUCCCUUUAGGGAGAUCAAAUGUAUCUACAUGUCAUUUUUAUUCUGAUGCAUCCAAAUGAAUACGGUAUAGCAAUCUAUGACUUAAUUCUAACUCGUGAGACCAAAGUAAAUUUCUAAGAAACUGAAUGAGGUUAACUUACAAAAAUAAGUGAGCUUAUGCUUUUCAAUAUCUAGCUCAGACUAAUAGGUGUAAUUAUUUUGAUGAGAUGAAAUGCUUUGAACACUCUGAUGCUCUUAAUGAAAGUUUUAGUUUUGUUUUUAUAUUUUAUAAUGUAUCAUGAAAUAUUUUGAAUGUAACCCUCCUUGUUCUGAAACAAUUGUUUUCUGAAGAAAAAUUUAGGCUUUUCGAUUUGUAUUGUUUAAAAAAGAGAACGCACCUGAGAGAAAAAAAGGACCACAGAUUUUCCACAGCACAUACAAAAACACACACAUUCCUGUAUGGAUACAUAACUAAUAAAAUACAUAGUACAUGUAGUA